CCUGGAAAGAGUUCCUCAAUUUUCUAGUCACAUUGCAGAAACCAAAAGGAGGGGAUAUACUUGAACACAAGAGCAUGUCCGUUCUAAGUGGUGCUGCUUAUGAGCAUCAGAAAGACACAGACCAAAUAUAUCCAGUGGAGACUGAAAUGCCCAUGGCACCAGGAACAAGAGACCUUUUCCAAUGGAUCCCAAAAACCCCUUUUCUGGUUUAUCUGCUGCUGGGGCUCUCUUACCUGUUGAUCAUCAUAUUGUUUGGGAUUGUGAUCUCCAAUGAAUUGAAGCUUCCUUCAGAAGUGAAAAAACUGCAUACACAACUUCAAAUGAGCAAUGAGUUGUUUCCAUGUGGCUCUAGAAAAAGGGAAUGGGAAUACUUCCACGGUGGAUGUUACUACUUCUCUGUCAUUGAUGCUACUUGGCACACAGCUCAAGAUCACUGUACGGAAAAGAAUGCAAGCUUGGUAGUCAUUCACGAUAUGGCUAAACAGAAUUUCAUCCAGUCUCAAAGCAGGGGCCGUCGCUUCUGGCUCGGACUCACUGAUGGGAAAACCGAAGGACAAUGGACCUGGGUUGAUGGCACCAAUUACAGAACUGGCUUCAAGAACUGGAAACAGGGUGAACCCAAUGACUAUCAAAACCAAGAAGACUGUGCUGAAAUGGGAGUACUUGGGGAAUGGAAUGAUGUGGCUUGUAACAAUAAAGGCUUGUAUAUAUGUGAGAAACCUUUGCCUUCAUGAAGAACCAUGAGGCUGGGAGCCAUUCUGCAUGCCCUUCUAGCUUCAGAGAAUAGUAGGUCUGUCUACACAAUGUACUUCAUAAAAUCACCGAACAAGAAUGCUGCAGAACUGGAUGGUAUCAUAGCUUAAAGUGAUUUUUUCCCCAUAGAAAAUGUGAUACAAUGUUUCCUCAGUAGGAAUGUCCACUUAAGACAGUGGGACUUACCCAAUGUAAAUGUAUACACAAUUGCUGUUCAAGUAAACUCUUCUUAUCUAAAUAAUCCACACAGCCAUCUUCUAACAUCAUUAAAUCUGACAAAUACACUUU